CUAAGAAUGUAAUGCGAUAAUCAAAGUUUUGUCAGUCACCGAGUGUGCAUGAUUGUAUGUGUACGCGACAAGUUGAACCGGGGGAGUUGCGGCAUCUGCUGGCAGGAAAAGUUGUGCCGUAACAUGCGAAGUUGUGCCCCGAGGGAGUAAAGCUCGCACUAAACAGUAUCUCCGAGGCGAGGGAGUGACGGAGCGGCGGGAGCGGGAGGAGGAGAGGGAAUGCAGAGAAUCCCUCGCCUAGUAUCGACGACGGCAGGUCACAGUUACUCUUCACGCACGCGUCCUGCCGCCUCGCCUCCCUUGCUAGGAACUGCUGCGCAAGUCCUCCUCCACUACCUCCUCCUCCUCCUCCGUCAGUCAGUUUCGCUACUACUGCUGGAGGAGGAGGAGGCGGCGGCGACGCGUUGUCCACACCCGGCAAGAUUCUCACCUCUCUCUCGCGCUAGCCACGGAGGUCACAGGAAGGAUGCACCCCACACCCCUUGUCCGCGGCCCCUCAGCCAUCCCACGCCCUCAGACCGUGCCCUGAGCCUCUGCCAGAGCACAUGAGCAUUGGCGUGCGGGGUGCAGGCGGCGCCCCUCCGUGUGUUGGGAUGCAGAGCGCCCUCGUCGGGGUUUGUAAGGGAGACAGGACGCCGCCGGACCUCAGCUCGGCCUUCAGGACUUAAAGGUGAGGGCAGCGCCAGCCCGGCCAGUCGAUACUAGGCGGGUCCGUGAGGCCGAAGGAGCAAGGACGCACGCCACGCCACGCCCUCCUCCUCCUCCUCCUCCUCCUCCUCUUCCUUCUCCUCCUCCUCCUCCCACGCCUUCUCGUCCCCUACCUCCCACGCGCUUGCCUGCCUCCGAACGUUACCUGCCUCCCUUAUCUGUUGCUCCUGUUGCUCUCACUCCUUUACGCACUCACCUCCUCCCUCCCUUCAUCUCACCGCAGUGCCUCUAUGUGUGUGUGUGCGUGUGUGUGUGUGUGUGUCUGUGUCCAUCCAAGAUAAGUUCUGAUAAGGUUUGUUUCGCUACCAAGGGCUUACAUAUAUCAAUUUAUUCGUGCAGUUCGUUUAGGUCGCGAGAGCAGAAACUUACGGCAAAAGCAAUCCCACGCCUACUACUUCUACUACCCGUGUUGAAUAAGCUGCACAUUGCUCCGGCGCUCAGACGAUCUCACCCUCCCCAGUCCGGUUGUCCCCUCUGGUCAGACCUCCUGCCACGCAUUGGGCGGGAUGCUGGUGGGGAUCCGCAAGAAGCAUUGGCUCAUGUUCUCCCUGUCACUCACAAGUUUCCUGCUGCUGCUCGUCUUCACCUCCAAGCCCAUCACGCCGCCGAGGAUACUCCCUGGUGAUGGGGAGAUUGGCUUCCUGCGACGGCGCAUCACGCACGACAGCGGGCAGGAGGCGGCGUCCCCCAGCCCCCCCGCCCCACCUCCCCCGCCACCCCCGCCUCCUGAGCCUCGUGCUGAUCUUCCUAAAGGCACCUCCCAGCGACACCGCAGCGCACCUUCCCUAACCGAGGAUCAGCGCCAGGCCUUGGCCAAGCAGGGCGUGCUGCUGGUGGAGGCCGAAGAGCCACAGCAACAACAAAAACAGCAUGAUCAGCAACCACAAGAUGAACCGCAACAUCACCAGGAUAUUCAACAUAUUCAAGGACAGCAGCAACAAAAUAGAAAGCAAAAUGAGCAGCAAGUUCAGCAACAGCAGCAGGAGCAGGAGAGGCAGCAACAGCAGCAGCAAGAUGAACAGCAGGAACAGGUACAAGCACGCCAGCUAACCGAGUACAACCCACUAAGACAACAACAACGACAACAGCCGCAGCAGGAACAGGAGGGAGAGCAGCUUCAACAUCCAGUAUUAGAACUGGAGCAGCCACAGCUGCCAUCACAGUCACAGUCACAGCAGUACCAGCAGCAACAACAACAACAACAACAACCAACAACACCACAACUUCAGCAGACACUAGCACCACAACCAUCACAAAAUAAUCAACAACAGCAGCCGCAGAAGUCACUAGAACAGCAACAAUAUUCGCAAAAACAGUCACAGCUACAACAACAACAACAACAGAAUCAGCACCAACAACAGCAACCACCACCAUUUCAACAACAAGAACGACAACAACCCCAGCUGCCAUCAGCACUUGAACAACAGCAGGAACAACAACAACAACAGCAACAACAACAACAACAACAACAACAACAACAACCAAUACCAUUACGCGACCAGCAACCGCAGAAGCAGCCACAAUCAAAACCACCUUCAUCUGAGGGACAACAACAACAACAACACGCACCUUCACAGCCCCGACAGCAUCAGCAGCUGCAAGCACCCCGAAAAUCCGGCAAGUCCCGUCAGCGUGACAAAGCGCGCUCCCCCGCCCGGCCGCGGCUCCCUAUGCCACCUCCUCACUCUGCGGUGGCCGCGGGAGGCGGCAGCGAGCACGAACAGUGGCUGAAGCAGGUGGUGGAGCUGCACCAGGAGUACAUGAAGCAGCAGCACAGACUCAACGAACAUCACCGUCAGGAAACACAGCGCCUGCAGGAGAAGCUCCAGCGGCAGGAGGCAGAGCACCAGACUGAUAGGGGGGUCCCCAAGAGUGGCAGCCGGGCGGCGGGAGGCCUGCUACGGCGUGGCUCAGCCCCCAGAGUGACCUACGAUGGCCUUAAGAGACAGGGGGAGUCCGCCCUCCGCCACAUAAUCAAGCGAGAGUUCGUAUCCACCCAAAGGGACACCAACUUUACUCCCGGGGAGGUGGUGGACCCUUCACAGGUGCGGAGAGUGCUCGUCCUGUCCACCUGGCGCAGCGGCUCCUCAUAUCUGGGUGACCUGCUGCGCGCCUACCCUGGGACGUUCUACAGCUUCGAGCCGCUGCACCACUUGCUGAAGAACCUUCACUUGGAGGAUGGCCCCCUGGUGGAGCAGGCACAGCACCUGCUCAGGUCCAUCCUUACCUGCGACUUCAGUGAACUCGAUGACUACGUCGCCUACAUGCGCAACGUCACAUUCCUGAUGCGCCACAACACGCGCCUCUGGAACUCGUGCACGCUUAACCGCGCCCUCUGCUUCGAUAAGGAUUACCUGUCGCGCGUCUGCUCCUACAUGCCCGUCAACGUGCUCAAGACGGUCAGGCUGGGCCUGUCGCCUGUGGUCAAACUGUUGGAGGACGAGGCUCUGGACCUGCGGGUUGUACACUUGGUGAGGGACCCCCGUGGUUGCCUCCACUCCCGUAUGCAACUGUCCUGGUGCCAGUCACCCGCCUGCCGCGACCCCGCCACUGUCUGCCAGGACCUCCUGACAGACCUCAAUUUCUCUGAAUGGCUAAAGAAAAACUACAAUGACAGAUACUUGAUGGUGCGGUACGAGGACUUGGGAUUGAAGCCGGAGGAGAAGGCAAAGGAAAUAUUCAACUUCGUGGGUUUGUCUUACAACAAGUACGUGUCUACCUACGUGAAAGACCACACGACGCUCUACAAGAAGCCCAAGAAGAGAAAAGACGCGUACGGCACCUUCAGGGACUCUAAGGCCACCAUCUUCGCCUGGCGGAGCGCCCUGGACUACAACGCGGUGGCAGCCAUUCAGGGAGUGUGCGAGGAGCCCCUGCAGCGCCUCGGGUUGCGGGUGUUUUCCGGCGAGGAGGAGUACCUCAACACCACCAUUCCUGUCCUGCUGCAGGAGUAACCAACAGACUCAUGCACAUCACCUCGGCUGCAGGUAUUGUCAGCGAAGAAAAGUAUCUCCACACCACCAUCCCUGUUCUGCUGCAGGAGUUUAAGACGAAGUGUUGGGAGGCAAUCCCUCAUCAUCGUCAAGUCAGGUGUGUGUGUGUGUGUGUGUGUGUGUGUGUGUGUGUGUGUGUGUGUGUGUGUGUGUGUGUGUGUGUUUUGCUCACCCGUCCACUCUGAGCCUCCCCAGUCAUCCCAGCCCUGCUGCACGAGUAGUGAGUAACUCUUGUGUGUGUAUCCACCUGUUCUUCAUGCGUCCCGAGGUGGAGGCGUGAACACCCACACACCGACCCUCCCCAUCACCUCAUCACCAGCCAAACCGCUCCUGCUGCACGAGUAAAUGAUGAACUCCUCCGCGUGUGUGCGCGCGUCCGCUUGUUCUUCAUUCCCUGUGAAGUGGAGGUGUGACAUGUACUACAUGCACACGCGCGUGGCUGUGUAACAGUCGUCUGAGGAGAUCAAAGCUGCGAGGCACUAAGUCAAUGGGACAGUCGCCAGCUGACGCCUCACCAUGCAUGCAGUUCAAUGUUUAGUCACCGUUAGAUGUUACAAUUUUAUUCCAGAGUAUUAUUGGUUGCCUUUCGGUCUGCCUGCCUGGCCAUGAUGUCAUAAUGUGCCAUAUAAGUUUUUUAAUGCUUGGGUAAGUGUGCCGAAUUUGUUGUAUAAAAACCACGCUUUGCAACAUUCAAAAUAUAUAAAAAGUUGAGAAAAUAAGUAAAUACACUCCCAGUAGUUAUGACGGAGGUAGAUUAGUGUUCUCUGUUUACACUGUCUAAGACUCUAAUAAGUACGUAGUAAAAAAAAAAUAAUUUAGACACACUGUGCAACCGUAUUAAGUUCCUAAUGAGAAAGUGUUUAAAACUACUAGGGAAUUGUUCCUUAAUUGUUAUUGGAUGAAACGUAAUGUUUAUUUUAUUUAUUGUGUGUGUGUGUGUGUGUGUGUGUGUGUGUGUGUGUGUGUGUGUGUGUGCUGUGACAAUCUGGCAAGUGAAAUAAUCAGGCCCGGUCACUGACUACCUGUUGGCGUGACUCACGGUUGUUCGAUUUUAUGCUCACAUAAACAAUUAUUUCUUAAUUGUAGUGAUAUGGAUACACAAGCAUCAAGCUUUCCUUUACAUGGUGCUGUUGACCACACGCUUUUAGCUUAGUACGUAUAUUUUUGUCAUGAACAAAAAUGUGUGUGUGUAUGUGUGUGUGUGUGUGUGUGUGUGUGUGUGUGUGUGUGUGUGUGUGUGAGUGAGUGUGUGUGUGUGUGUGUGUGUGUGUGUGUGUGUGUGUGUGUGUGUGUGUGUGUGUGUGUGUG